CAUUUUAUUACUCAAUAACACAAACGCUGGCCAUGACCCCCGCUGCGGGGACAGUACGCGCCAUAAGCCGCAGGUGACAGCGGACACGUACUGUCGAGCCUCUCCGGUCGCUCCGUGCCGUUGAGCUGCUGUUGACAUUUCUUGCUAGCUGAGAUAAUUAUCUGGCUGUGUAGGCAGGAAAUUAGCAACGAGGAACUAUGUGUUCGGUAAUAGGCAGGGUGAAGCCGUGUCACCGGGCUCUGGCUGUGUCGCUGCGGCUCAGGACGAACACCGAGAGCCCGAGUUGCGCAGCAGCCCGGAGCAGGCGCUCCUGUCCCGGCGUAAGUCUCGGCGCUGAGCCGCUGCGGGUCACCAGCAGGACGUACAGCUCCGGGACAGCCGUGAGCCAAAGACUGCUCUUCAGACAGUUGCUGGAGUUGGAGAGCAAGACCUACACGUACCUGCUGGCCGACGCGGAAACCAAGGAGGCUGUGCUCAUCGAUCCCGUGUUGGAGACCAUCGACAGGGACCUGAAGCUCAUAGGGGAGCUGGGACUCAAUGUAAAAGUGGCAGUAAACACCCACUGCCAUGCGGACCACAUCACCAGCACCGGGCUGAUGAAGAAACGACUGGUUGGACUGAAGAGUGCCAUCUCCAAACACAGCGGAGCCUCUGCAGACAUCCUCCUGUCAGAGGGAGACAAGAUCACCUUUGGAAAACAUUGUCUGACAGUGAGAGACACACCAGGACACACAGAUGGCUGCAUGACGUUGGUGACGGGGGAUCAGAGCAUGGCUUUCACCGGGGACGCACUGCUCAUUAGAGGCUGUGGCAGGACAGACUUCCAGCAAGGUUGCGCUAAGAGACUUUAUCACUCCGUGCAUCAGAAGAUCUUCACCCUGCCCGACCAGUGCCUCAUCUACCCAGCGCACGACUACUUAGGUCAGACGGUCUCUACGGUUGGCGAGGAGCGCAGAUUUAACCCACGCUUGACUAAGAGCAUCGAGCAGUUUGUGGACAUCAUGAACAACCUGAAUCUCCCCAAGCCGGCCAAAAUAGAUAUCGCAGUGCCUGCUAAUCUGGUUUGUGGCCUGCACGAAGUUUGACCGCCCUGCGAAAGAGAGCGUUCGAAUCAAAUCAACUACGUCAUCGCAAAGUAACUGAGAUUUACCUCCCUGUUUUAGCAACACUAAUCAAGACUGCUCACCAGAUAGUGCUUUAACGUGUCUUUGUAUGUAAAUGUAAUAUUUGAAUAACUGUCAUGCGAGUGCAACUACUGGCAUCGUUUAGAUUGGAAUAAAAACGCUGUCAUGUCGAUUUUAUUCAGUACUAAAAUUCUGUAAAUGAGGAAAAGCCCUUUUUUAAAUCAUUGGCUUAAAGUUGAAUGUGAUGACCUUUUUUUUUCAGUUGUGUUAUUAUGAAUUUCAGAAUUGGGGAGGAAAUUAUGAGCAGGAAAGCUCAGAUAGGAAUGUUCCAUUCAAGGUUUGGUUUAGUAUUCAUGAAUGCUUCACUGGGACGAUCCAGUUCUUCCACAUGGCCACAGUGGUUCCUCUAUCCAAGGCCGCCACACACACACACACACACAAACACACUGUCUUUUUUGCAUAGCAGGAAAAUAAAGCUACUCUUAUUUGCAUUCAAAGUCAAUAAGUGCCAAGUUUCCAUGGCGCAACAUGUCACGGCCAUGUGCUCUCAAAUCUCAUCUGUUCCUUUAAACGUCCAACAGACAAGGGCACCCAUUGAGACGCGUGUUACUAUCUCAGUUAUGACAAGUGGCGUCCAUGCCAAGUAUCAUAUCUGCUUCCAGAUUUCCAAAUAUCCUGUGCAUGCUGUUCUCAUCUGCUGCUGAACACCUCAUCAGCCAGUAGGACAGGUUUGUUUGGAAGUGCUGGCCUCUGACUCAGCUACAGAAACUCGCACAUGUGAUAGUAAGCUGUGCGAUAGUGUAGAACUGAUGGUGAGCUUAUUUUCUUUCCAAUUCAAAGGAGUGCUCCAUUUAUUAAACACACAGUUUGCUCAUCAUGGGGAAGUACCACUCACCAGGUGACGACUGUCCUCUGCAGCACUGGAAGGAGCCCUGAAAAAAAACAAUUGUGAUGCUUUCAGGGUUGUCAUAGCUUCAGUUUGAAUGCCUGUGUUACAAACUAGGGAUGUGACAUUCAAAUGGAAGUCGUUUACUGGUCACAAAAGGGACUAAUUCUGUGCUCGUGUAAUCUUAGAGUCAUUUUGGUAGCUCACAUAUAUCUGACGAGGCACUUUAAUACCCACAAGCUUGGAAACCAAAUACAUAUGGACGCUUUACAUUGGCUGCCGUUCAGUGUGAUGAAGUCCAAAAUGAAUGAACAGUGUUGUAGUGUCAGUACACAAUCCUUCUGCAAUGAUACAAAUCUCUUAUAAUGUGAACAAGUUGCUAACAUAGGAGCCCCUGUUUUAAAUAAAUGCUGUAUUACAUGAAAUGCUUUUGAGUCCAUAAAAAGGAAUAAAAGUCAAGAUAUCUCUGCC